AUGCCACCAAAGAAAAAGCAAAAGCUUGAAAAGCUACCUACCUGCUUACAUACUUGCAACAAGACUUCCUUUGCAAAAGCUUUCCUGCCUAAUGAGACCUACCGACAGCGUCUUCUUGAUUACAUUGCCAUUAUCCAUCAACUUGCUGACCAUGCUUCCCAUGCUCUCAAAUUCUACAUCCUCUCUGCGCCAUCCGUUCCCAUGGUAGAUCAAGAUACAAUCGAAGCAAUUCUCUAUCUUCUCAACAAGGGGGAGGCUUGGCAACCAAGAACAGAUGCAAAGAAGGGACAGAAGCAGCAACUGCCACCUAAAAGUGAUGUGCAAAAGGCUUUCUUUGCUCAUCUUCACUACUUGAAGUCAAUUUUCCUUUUUGAUACUGUGCCCGAGUCACUCGAUGACUUGACUGCUGAAGAGAGUGAGCUUCUAGAAGAGAUGUGGUCCUUCAUUCCCCUUUCCGACCAGCCGCUCACAUAUUCAGUUGCUGUAGACCCUCUCGCCUUCUUCCCUGCCUACUGUUGGUUGUCAAGCCUAUAUGAAAAGCAUGGAUUUCGACGGUUCAGUGCAAUCCCACUUCGCCACUCCCUCAUCCAAAGCCAUGUGCGGAUCGACACCAUCAUUCUCUACUCUCAUAUUCUUUGCAUCAUGCAGCGAGAAGCAGAAGCAUUAGAGAAGGAUGAUCUGUGGAUGCGCGUCUGCAAUCUACAUACCAAGGCUUUUCGGUCUCGCUGCCAUAUGCAGUUUGAAGGCUCGAUCACAAUGGACAGUACCUCGGUUUCUGUGUAUUUGAAACACCCCAAUGCUGACAAGUACAGAAAGCAUGGAGCGAGAAAGUCAGCAAAGACCCUAGAAGCUGAGGUGAAGGCAGUAUAUGUGGAGAACAACUUACCUGCUUGUUGA